AUGGUUCAACGAUCGAAAGUCUUGGACAUUGACGGGCCAACACCCAAAUUUUUGUAUGCUAUGCUUAAACAGCUCGAUCUCAAGUCUAUUGACUGGAACCGUGUGGCUGCCGAUAUUGAGAUCUCGAAUGGUCAUGCUGCUCGCAUGCGAUUCUCGCGUUUUCGCAACCAAAUGGAAGGAACAACUGGGGCUCAACGUGCUGGUAGAAAGAAGAACGCAAAAAAGGUCGCGAAUGAAAAGGCAGAUGCUAAACUCUUGAUGUUUGCAAAUCCCGUUCCUGGACCGACACCAAUGCAGACGAUGGACUCGUUUCCCUACAACUACCCCAUCAAAUGCGAACAGGGUGAUGACAGAAGUUUCAAUGCCCAGCCCUUUACUGACAUGAGUGAAAUUUACCCGUGGUCACAAGUUUUUCCAAGCGGUGAUGCAAACUAUCCGCCCCCAAUCCACCCGUUCAUGCAGCAUGAUAUGUAUCAUGGAAACUCGUACUCCAUGUCAUCGAGCAUGCCCCCGGGGUUCACCAUGUCCUCGUCAACUCCACCAUCAUUCUAUCCUCCCUUUUCCAUGUCGCAGGAUUUCGCCAUGCAAGAGCUCACAACCAAUCUACCAAAUAUCAACCAUAACGAAAACAUGACCUGGGAGACAUCUAUCGCUGCAGCUCAGCCCGAAAUGGCACAGGUGAAGAUUGAAAAUGACACCAACUUCAUUGAUCUUGAGACCGAGCAAAAUUUUUCGAUUAAAAUUGAAGAGGGUAUCAAGUUGGUGGAUGCCCAGAUUGAGCCAAGUUUCCCUGUUAAGAUCGAGGAAGAUAUCAAGUUGAUUGGUGUCAAGACAGAGCCGCAUGUUCCUAUUCAAAAGGGAACAUACUACGAGCUGGAAUAA